AUGAGUUUCAGAGGUGGUAACAGAGGUGGCCGUGGUGGCUUCCGUGGAGGCCGCGGGGGCUCCAGAGGUGGGUUUGGCGGUCGUGCUCAAUUCCAGCAAGGUCCACCAGACAGUGUUUUGGAAAUGGGUGCUUUCAUGCAUCCCUGUGAGAACGAGAUUGUGUGUCGUUCCAUAAACACGAAGGUUCCAUACUUCAACGCUCCGAUCUACUUGGAAAACAAAACACAAGUCGGUAAAGUGGAUGAGAUUCUAGGUCCUUUGAACGAGGUUUUUUUCACGAUCAAGUGUUCCGAGGGUGUCCAAGCGAACAGCUUCAAAGACGGUGACAAAUUCUACAUUGCUCCAGACAAGCUGCUGCCAAUAGAACGUUUCAUCCCCAAGCCAAAGGUUGCUGGUCCUCCCAAAUCGAAGUCUAAGAAGAAGAAGUCUGCUGGUGCUCCAGCCGGCCGUGGCGGUUCCAGAGGCGGUUUCGGUGGCCGUGGUGGCUCGAGAGGCGGUUUCGGUGGUUCCAGAGGUGGCUUCGGUGGCACGAGAGGCGGGUCCAGAGGUGGCUUUGGUGGCCGUGGUGGCUCGAGAGGUGGCUUUGGUGGCUCAAGAGGUGGUUCCAGAGGUGGUUUCGGCGGCCGUGGCGGUUCCAGAGGUGGCUUUGGCGGCUCCAGAGGUGGUUCCAGAGGAGGGUUCAGAAGUUAA